CCAUCCUGCUCCUCGCCAUCGUCGUGCAACCUCUCGUCCACCCUCUCGCGCCUUGGGCCUUGCUACACCAGUUCUCGUGAUACCCUCAGCACCCCGCGCCCGCCUUUGCAUCCUUUUCUUGUGUUUUCUUCCCGUCACUCGCUGGUUAGCCCGUCAAGAUGUGUGGCAUUUUCGGUUACAUCAACUACCUGGUGGAAAAGGACCGGAAGUUCAUUCUUGACACGCUCAUCAACGGCCUUUCCCGUCUCGAGUACCGCGGCUACGACUCUGCCGGCCUCGCCAUCGAUGGCGACAAGAAGAAGGAGGUGUUUGCCUUCAAGGAGGUGGGCAAGGUUGCCAAGCUGAGGCAGCUUAUUGACGAGUCUGAACUCGACCUCACCAAAACAUUUGAUUCACACUGCGGCAUCGCGCACACCCGGUGGGCGACCCACGGCCCUCCGUCCCGCACCAAUUGCCACCCCCACAGGUCUGACCCGAACUGGGAGUUCUCCAUCGUCCACAAUGGCAUCAUCACCAACUACAAGGAACUCAAGACGCUCCUCGAGAGCAAGGGCUUCCGGUUCGAGACCGAGACCGACACCGAGUGCAUUGCCAAGCUGGCCAAGUACAUCUACGACCAGCACCCGAACGUGGGCUUUACCGACCUGGCCAAGGCCGUUAUUAGCGAGCUCGAGGGCGCCUACGGUCUCCUUAUCAAGAGCGUGCAUUACCCCCACGAGGUGAUUGCCGCCCGCAAGGGCUCGCCGCUGGUUAUUGGUGUCAAGACGCAGAAGCGCAUGAAGGUUGACUUUGUCGAUGUUGAAUACGCCGACGAAAACAGCCCGCUCCCUGCCGAGACUGCCGCGCAGAAUGUGGCUCUUAAGAAGUCGUCGGGCCCUGGCGGCCUUCUCUCCCCUAACGGCCUGCUGAGUGCCCCCGACAAGUCGCUCCUCCACCGGUCGCAGUCGCGCGCGUUCAUGACCGACGAUGGCCUGCCGAUGCCCACCGAGUUCUUCCUGUCCUCGGACCCUUCAGCCAUCGUUGAACACACCAAGAAGGUCAUGUACCUCGAGGACGAUGAUAUUGCCCACAUUCAUGAGGGCUCUUUGAACAUUCACCGCCUUAAGAAGGCGGAUGGCAGCAGCAACGUGCGAACCAUCCAGACGCUCGAGCUCGAACUGCAGGAGAUCAUGAAGGGCAAGUUCGACCACUUCAUGCAGAAGGAGAUCUUCGAGCAGCCCGAGUCCGUCAUCAACACGAUGCGUGGCCGUCUCGACAUUGGCAACAAGACGGUGACGCUGGGUGGUCUUCGCAACUACAUCAGCACCAUCCGCCGGUGCCGCCGCAUCAUCUUCAUCGCCUGCGGUACCUCGUACCACAGCUGCAUGGCCGUGCGGGGUAUCUUUGAGGAACUCACCGAGAUUCCGAUUGCCGUCGAGCUCGCGUCCGACUUCCUGGACCGGCAAGCGCCGGUGUUCCGGGACGACACGUGCGUGUUUGUGUCGCAGUCCGGCGAGACCGCCGACUCGCUGAUGGCGCUGAGGUACUGCCUGGAGCGGGGUGCCUUGACGGUGGGUAUAGUGAACGUGGUUGGCUCGAGCAUCUCGCUCCUGACUCACUGCGGUGUGCACGUCAACGCUGGUCCCGAGAUUGGUGUCGCCUCGACCAAGGCCUACACGUCGCAGUUCGUCGCCAUGGUUAUGUUCGCCCUGUCGCUUAGCGAGGACCGGGCGUCCAAGCAAAAGCGGCGCGAGGAGAUCAUGGAGGGCCUCAGCAAGAUCAGCGAGCAGAUCAAGUCGGUCCUGACGCAGGACCAGAAGAUCAAGCAGCUGUGCGAGAAGACGUUCAAGAAUCAGAAGAGCUUGCUGCUCCUCGGCCGCGGCAGCCAGUACAGCACAGCGCUGGAAGGUGCCUUGAAGAUCAAGGAAAUCAGCUAUCUACACUGCGAGGCCGUCAUGAGCGGUGAGCUCAAGCACGGAGUCCUCGCGCUGGUGGACGAGAACUUGCCCAUCAUCAUGAUCUUGACGCGCGACGAUCUCUUCAAGAAGAGUCUCAACGCCUACCAGCAAGUCGUUGCCCGAGGUGGAAAGCCUAUUGUGAUUUGCAACCCGGAUGACGAGGAGUUUAAGAGCAAUCUUGCCGAGAAGAUCGAAAUCCCCAAGACGGUCGACGUCCUGCAGGGCAUCCUGAACGUCAUCCCUCUGCAGCUGAUUGCUUACUGGCUCGCUGUCAUGGAGGGUCUCAACGUCGACUUCCCGCGCAACCUCGCCAAAUCGGUCACUGUCGAGUGAAGGAGCUGAAGGAGCGUCAGUCCGGAGAAACUGAGGGCAACCAAAGGCGCGGUCGGAUCCUUCCUUGGUCUCCCCGUCUUGGACACCAGCGCCUCCAUUUAUCAUGUACUAGUAAUAAUGGCUACCAUACUAUUCGCCGGCUGGCUAGGAGUUGACGCUAGGAAAACGGGAGAGCGUCGCCAAUAAGGUCGCUGGCGCCGCGGAGGAUUGGGUUUAGUGGUAACAGGGUUGGUUCAUUUGGGAUAAUGAAUAGCGGUAGCGAUAGGGUGACAGGAAAGGAGAUGGUCAGGAAAGCCAUCUUUCGCAGCAAUAUACUUGUUAUGGACACGCGGAUCC